AUGCAACAAUAUGCAGAGGCGUUCCGGCGAACUACUUCCAAAGUCACAUUUGACCCGGGGGGUGCCGCUAUAACAAUGCCAAACGAGAACCCCACGUCGGAUGGCGCCAAUCUUUCUUUGCCUGGAGAAAUGCAACCGCCUACAAACUUCGAUCGUUUAAAGGAUCUUAGCCUACUCACAGAAAGGGAUGAGGCUGAAAUUUUCCCCCCGUAUCGCCGAAACAUCACGUACACCCUGCCGACGUGGCCAGAAACGCAGGAAACAGAACCUGAUUUAUGGCAUCCAAAGAACCCAUCGACCAUUGCGGCCAGAGAGCUGCCUGUCUCGGAGAUGUUUUUGGGCGGUGAUACGUUGCCAAGACAGUUGAUGCCUCGUUUGAAUCCCAGUGACGUGCGUCUGCUUGCUGCGGAGACAGAGCAGCUCACGGUACCGUACGUACGCGUGGAGGGUACUUCCGAAAAAUAUAGAUUUUUCCCUUCAUCGGAAGAAUUGCCUCUGUCUGGCCUCUGGCAUGACCCAGUGUCCUUCAGUGAUGCAGGAAAGGGUCAAACUGCCUUGAAGUUCAAACCAAAGGGGCCGCAAGAGCCUACUACAACCGACAACUGGAGCCAGCUGCCACCCGACCCCUCUGGACUUCCUAUGAUGCCUCCGCGGCCGCUUUCUUUAUCUGAGCAACAAGCGAAAGAAGCACCAAGGGCGGCUAUGCAGUACGCGCCAAGAGAUAUUGCAGUAUAUCCAGGAGGUAUUCCAAUGGACAGUGUAAUAGAUCUUCAAGAAAAAGCUCUAUUCAAGACCUUCGAGGAACCAUCUCAAGACAUUCUUGUAGAGAAUCUCAUGUUGGAGGCAGUGCGGCCUGGAUUUAAGCGGGGCGUAAUCCAGCAGCUUCAACAGCCUACGAACAAGCAGUGGAAGGAACAGAAUGAGCGGAGACGAGCAGAGUUCAUCAAAGCUGAGGAAUCAAAGGCAAAACGUUCACGGCCUCCAGAGCCGCCACAAAAAGCAGAAGCAGCAGUAAAGUCCGCAGGGAACAAGAAGGUAACCUUCGCCCUGCCUGAAGCCUCUAACGAGCAGCAGCGGAGCCGUGAUGAUUCCAAAGACACUGAGAAAAAUCUACAGGACCUAACAAGGCAACUGCGCGCGCUUCAGCGAAUGCAUCAAAACUGCGAGGCUCAGGAAAAUGUACAGGCCUCCACACUGUCUCCCGUCCGAGCAUCUGACGUGACAUCAGAGAGUAAGGGGGAGGCUGGCAGCGGUGCUUUUGUGAACGAGCUCAUAGAUCGGUGCUCUUUGAAGCUGAAAACUUUAAAAAGUGACAAGAGGGUCCGUGCAGAAGAGCCGGAUCCUAAGAACUCCGCUGUAGCACCGAAGGAGAUGGGACGUCCCUCUCGCCUCUUGAGAGAUAUUGAAGCAGCCGAGGCCCGGAAAUACUAUGAAGAUAGGAACAAAUCAGGGUUUGACGUGUUUGACUCACAGCAGCAGAGGGAUGGCACCCUAUAUUUGCCUCAAGCGACUGAAGAGCCCAUUUCUCUUGCUUUCGUCAAAGGCGUGCGAGGACUACGCAAGCUUAGAGGUAGACCAAAAGCAAAGCUUCCCCAUUCUAUGCCGAAGUCGGAGCUCGUAUGCCUCUCGCGUUCGCUCUUGCAGGAAGAGUCGAGCGAAGAACAAGACGAGCUAGUCAGUGAAGAGGAGCCUGUGGAACAAACGCUGGAGAAGAUUUCAGACCAUAUUGAGACGCCGUCUUAUGAAGUGUUCCACGGCUCUCCAACACCUCUAGAGGAUCUUAUCGAUACGACACCCAGCUUGGAAGGGCUUGCACGAAAUUUCGUGCCGACCACGGGAUACCCGCAUGAUUCGACAAAGAAUAAUUACCCGGCUGCUGUCCCCGCUUAUGUAUCGCGUCUAAAUAAGACUCAAGACAGCAGAAUGUCGGUACCACCAGCGGCGGCAGUUCUGUACGCCCUGCCGGAGGAAGCAGCUGGCUCUUCAGUGGUAGAGGCAAUGCCGACAGAUCCACGUUCAGGCACGUUCCAAACUACAGAAGUUGCUCUAUCGAAAAUGACUGCCAGGGAAAUAAGGAAUAUUGAGGAACUUGUAGCUGGUGGUUUUGUUGCCCUUCAGCGUCAGACUCACACCGUAGACUAUAAGCACACAUGGGAAAAUGAAAAGAUGCGUCUUAAAAUGAUCGUUAACGAACCAAUCCACGCCAGAGAUCCGCAGUUCGCAGAGCGACAAAAUCAACUCUUUGAAAAAUGGAAAUACCCCGCCGACGAGAUUUCGCCUGGAUACUACAUCAAGGAAGCGAAUUUGGAAGACAUUCGCAACUCGAUUCUUGCCAACAGAAACAAGCGUUCCAUCUUCGAUCUCCAGAAGGCACUGCGAGAGGCAAAGGAACGGGAGGAAGAAGAGCUUCGUAAACGGCGUGAGGCUGAAGAAAAUGAAGUUGCGAAGCGUUUGAAGGAGACUCGUGAGAAAGAGCUUAUUGCUGCAACCAAAAUGCUACAAAAAAAGGAGCCUGAGGCCAAGCCACUUGUUGAACCGAAAGGAUCUCUUGCGAAAGAGGGAGAGGCCCCACACGCUGACGAGAAGGAAAGAACCAUUGAGGAGCUCAAGAAGGCAUAUCGGCGACUUAGGAAGCAAUCAAAGACAGAAGAAAGAUUAACGGAAAUGAAAAAGAUCAAGAAGCGUAUCGCUGAGCUCACAGGACACAAAAAGAAGAAAGAGCAGCAAUCCGAACGUCGACAGGCCUUGAAUCCAUCGCCCGAAGUCGGCCCGAAGCUGUGGAGAACGGACGAGCAAAUUGAAGACGAGAAGCGGAGAGAGCGUGUCAGAGAAAUGCUGAAAUCAAGGCAGACAGGGGCGGCGGCAAUGUUGGCAAAAAUAAUGAAAGAAGGGGAUGUUGAACCUCUCUCCGGGGAAGAAGACCAAGAACCAGCAGAAGAGGGAGAAGAGGAAGACGUGGAAGAAGAGGAAAGUGAAGAAGAAUCGGACAAAGAGGACGAAGAGGUGGCGACAGAAAAAGAGAGCGACACAUUUAGCAUGGAGGGAACGAUCUCUUCGGGCUCUGUCAGCAGCUACGAAUCAAGAGAAUAUCCUGUAUUCCAACGGUCUGAGUACCACGCACCGGAGUACAAAGCUACACCGGAGAAUUUGGAGGAGUGGAUGAAACUCCCUGUGGACUACUGCGGCAGGAUGCUGCUGGAGACGAAAGAAAAUGCAGAGAAGCAGCGGACUCGCGCAAUGACAACAGCCCGAAUUAAAGCCCCUACACAGCAGCCAGAGCAAGCCAGAAUGCUUCUUCUGCUGGAGGCAAGAGGACCUGUAAUACUAGUUUAUAGUUCAGCUGAGCCCCCAGCUCCAAAAAAGAGAUUCAGCCUCGCAGCCCUCUGUAAGAAGGAAAAGCCUGAGGAAGAGCCUGAAAUAGCUCCGUUACGGUGGAAAUAUCUCUGCGCCUUUAUGCUAGACAACACAGGAGAAGCGCAGGAAGUAAAACUGGGAAGCGGUAGUCCAGGACAAGUAUACAAAGCCAUCAGAGUAAAUGGUCGAAUCAUUCCGGAUCCAGAAUAUUCUGCUUCAGAAGAUGGUCCGCCACGCUUUACAAAAGCAGAGCUUGCUCUGCGUGAAAAGGCUUAUUUCAGCGGCUUCCUCAGUGCAGAUACUGAUGCGGAAACUGAGGAAUGGCUGGUGGUCUUCAACGGACGCAAGACUUUCUUUCGUUAUCUCUCUGUAUGUGAUGGUGCAAAUCAGAAGCCCACGUUGCCACUCGUGGCAAGUCUGUGGAGUCCUGGGCCAAGGGAACUUGUCCUUGAAGGAACCCGUUACCAUAAUGCAAUAGACAAAGCCCUUUUUUCCUCAUUGAAGGUGCCAUACUUGGAUGCGGUGUAUUGUGGGUGGAGAGAUAUGGAUGGCGACGACCUGGCAGCAACCUUGCAAAAUAUUUCAUGUAAAGUGAGAACGCUGGAUCUAACGGCAAACAACUUUAGCUCCGCAGUAUUGAAACAAAUUGGCGACGUUUGCGUGAAGCUGAAAAUAUCAUAUCUUUCCGUAUCAGAAAACAACAUUUCUGGAGACAUGCUUGGAGUCCGGGGUAUUGUAGAACUGAUCGCAAACCCUCAGCCUCUGUUGUUGGAGAUGAGGCGCACAGCAAUGACGGACGAAGACUGUGCCCAUAUUGCCGCAGAGCUAGGGGACGUAAAGCAGCCUUGUUCACUGCCAAAGACAAUUAACGUGGGAGAGAAUGACAUAUCUGUGGGAGGUUUGAAAGUUCUUGCUGCAUCUGUCGCAAGAACGCUCCCCCGCUUAAGGGCUCUCUGUGUUCCAAAUAUACCUAGUGUUGGUCCGAAUGAAGUAGCGGAAGCUCUUAAGGCAGUGCCAGAUAUGCGCCCGGCGCAGCUAUCUACAGACGAUCUCCUUUUUCCUUUUCGUUCUCUAAACGAAAGAGAGCUGCCGGAGAAGUGUCUGUCAUUGCCUGCCACUUUCAGUGGCAGACUCUUUAUGGAGAAUGGCAGUGUGGCCACUGGAGCCAAUGACCCAGAGCCAGUCUCCCAAUUGUGUUUAGCUUUUUUCGAGCUCAGGGGUCCUGCGCUUUUCUGCUAUAGAACGCCAACGAGGUCGAAUUCUCCGUCUCCUAUGGCGGGCCGGAAGUCACCGAAUAACGCGCUUUCACCCUUUUUCGGGGACGGGCUGGAAGGCAUUUUCAUUUCGUCUGCCACGAUCUCAGGUUUAAAACUUACUGCAACGGGGAAAAAAAUUGUGUCUGCCGAUCUUGUUUCGAAAGACAAAUCUGAGACGUGGGUUCUUGAGGGAGAGUCUGAAGACUAUGUACGAGAAUGGUUCAGGGUGCUUACACUCAGGCAAGCUGGUGUGGCUUGCAACACGAUUGCGAGGAGCAACCUUGAAGCACUCCAUCCGGGUGUAGGCCAGUACUGCAGCAGCUGCUUUAGGCGAAGCUUAGAGCUUGGCGGUCGUCCAUUGGCUGUUGGGCAGUUUAUGCGCCUCUUCUCUGCUGUGGCUGAAGAUUUUCGUCUCCAAAGCGUGGACAUGAGCAAUAUGAAGUUGGGCAGCGAGGCGCUGCAUUGCUUUCCAAGCUCGGCUUUUUCCAAGAGUGAACUCACGCUUCUCGACUUGUCUUUUAAUUCCAUAACGCCGCUGGAGGACAUGAGCGGCGUUGUGGCGUUCUGCGGUAGCGCGGCGAAAUGCGCUCGGCUGGUACUAGACGGGAACAACCUCGGUGACACUGAGUUAGCUGCAAAUUUCGUCUUCAAUCUUCUUGGAUUGCGCGUUGAACAACUGUGCCUCAAUAAGUGCGGUCUUGGCGACGUUUUUGCCGAGGCAUUGUGCAAACGCGUGGUGGCGGAGACAAAGCGAUUCCCAUUCGUCUCGGUUCUGGAGCUUCAGUCGAACAAAAUAUCUCAAGGUUGCAUGAAGGAACUUUUAAACGCCUUAAUAGGUCGUUCUCCUGGCCUUACGAAGAUUAGCUUGUUUGGUAAUGGAUUCGAUACCAUUGGCCCAUUCAGCCGCCGCGUAGCCACUGAUUUCACAAAGACUUUCCGCGAGGUACCCUAUCGACAGGUACCGUACGGCCGUCGUCUUGUUAAGAAGCCACCGAAAUCCAGACCGCCGGAAAUAAAGGCAAGUCAGCCUUCAGAGAAGCGAGAUGCUGCAGCACCAGAGGCCCAGAACUCUGGAGGAAAGAAAGAUCCUCCUCAAGCUCAAACCGAGGCGAAGGCUGCUCCAGCCACAACCCCGAAAGCUGCUCCAGAGGGCAAUUGA